AUGUAUUUUACCAAAGUGGUCAGUGCCCUCAGCCUGAUGGCUGCUACUGUAUCUGCCCUGCCCCAUCAGAUGUCCUCGCGCGCGUCCGGUGCCCAGAACGUUGUGUACUGGGGCCAGAACGGCGGCGGCACUGUCGAGAACAACGAUCUGGCGGCCUACUGCACGUCGACCUCCGGCAUCGAUAUCAUUGUCCUGGCCUUCCUGUAUGAGUACGGAAAUGGCAACAAAAUCGCCUCCGGUACCAUCGGCCAGUCCUGCUACAUUUCGCCCUCUGGGCAGCCGCAGAACUGCGACGCUCUAGCCUCGGCCAUCAAGACCUGCCAAUCCAACGGCGUCAAGGUCAUCCUGUCCCUCGGAGGCGCCGUCGGCGCGUAUUCCCUCUCCUCCCAGGCCGAGGCGGAGACGAUCGGCCAAAACCUUUGGGAGGCCUAUGGCAAUACCAAGGGCAGUGGAAGCGUGCCUCGACCCUUUGGAAGCACCUUUGUCAACGGCUGGGACUUUGACAUUGAAAGCUACGCUGGAAACAACUACUACCAGUACCUGAUCAAGAAGCUGCGCUCCAACUUUGCCUCGGAUCCUUCCAACAAGUACUACAUCACCGGUGCGCCACAGUGUCCCAUUCCGGAGCCCAACAUGCAGGUCAUUGUCACCAACGCUCAGUUCGACUACCUCUGGGUGCAGUUCUACAACAACCCCGGCUGCUCCGUCAAUGGCCCCAUCAACUACGACCAAUGGGUCUCCAACCUGGCCAACACCCCCUCGGCCAACGCCAAGAUCUUUAUUGGCGUCCCUGCGUCGCCACUGGGUGCGACGGGAACGUCCAGUGGUGCUCAGUACUAUCUCCAGCCCAGCGCUCUGGCUUCGCUUGUGGCCAAGUACAAGAAUAAGCCAACUUUCGGGGGUGUCAUGAUGUGGGCCGCCGGCUUUUCAGACGCCAACGUCAACAAUGGUUGCACUUAUGCCCAGGAGGCGAAGCGCAUCCUGACUACCGGGUCUACCUGUUAA